AUGGACGAAAAUAGAUCAAAAAGAAGGCGACAUGACCAGCAGCUAUUCUACCCACUUACUAACGUUGAACUCAAUAUAGAAAAGAUCUCCAAGGCGGCACAAAACUUCAAUGGUCCAUCUCCGGAUGAUAAGAUCAUUAACGCUCAAAAGGCAGCCUUCGAGGACAAGUUGGGCAACCUUCAACUCUCUGAGUCCUCGGAAGCUGCCACCAAAAAACCAGUAAAAGUCACCAAACCUACUAAGAAAUUGAACUUGGAGCACGAACUUUCCACAAACAAGACCUACUCCAAGCCACACAAGUCGUUCGUGGUGAUCGGACAUGUGGACGCCGGUAAGUCGACCUUAAUGGGAAGAAUGCUUCUUGAUUUCGGGAUUGUGGAUAUCAAGACGGUCAACAAACUUGUCAAGGAAGCAGAAAGAGCCGGUAAGGGCUCUUUUGCGCUUGCGUGGGUCAUGGAUCAAACUGCAGAAGAAAGAGCUCAUGGUGUGACUGUGGAUAUCUGUGCCACCGAUUUCGAAACCGAGAAGACCAGAUUCACUGCCAUAGAUGCCCCUGGUCAUAAGGAUUUCGUUCCUCAAAUGAUUGGGGGCGUUUCCCAAGCCGACUUUGCUUUAUUAGUGGUUGACUCAAUCACAGGCGAAUUCGAGGCCGGGUUUGCCAUGGACGGUCAAACAAAGGAACACACUAUCUUGGCCAAAAACCUCGGGAUUGAAAGGGUGUGUGUUGCUGUCAACAAAAUGGACAAGGAAAACUGGGAUGAACUCAGAUUCAAUUCCAUCAAAUCACAGUUACUCGAAUACUUAACCAGUGAUGAAGUGGGCUUUGCAGCAGAUCAAAUUGACUUCGUGCCUAUUUCUGGAUUAACCGGAGAGAACGUCGUGAAAAGAAAUUCGAGUCUUGAGGCACUUUCAUGGUACAAGGGCCCUACCUUGGGAGAGUACUUAGAAACGGUUAAAUUGUCUAGCGACAUCAAUGCUGACUCCAUUUCCCAGUUACUUGCAGAAGACUUCUAUUUAUCUGUGCACGAUGCUAUCAAGGACAAAGGAGAAAUCAAGGUUAGUGGUAAGAUCAGUUCUGGUGUGAUUCAAGUGGGCGAAACUAUCGUUUCUGCGCCAAACGAUGUUGCCUUGCAAGUCAACGGAUUGAAGUCUGCGGGCAAACCAGUCGAUUUCGCUGUGAGGGGUGAAUUGGUCCAAAUGUCUUUCAAGGCAAGUCAGAUUGAAAACGAUACCAUCGAAGUAUUCAGAAUUGGAGAUUUAGUUUCCAAGGUGGGUAGCCCUGCAAAGUCAGUCAAGAAGCUUACCAUCGCAUUGCAUUUGUUCAACAUGACCAAACCAUUAUUGGUGGGUUCUCCCUUUGUCUUGUUUAGGAACAACUGUCAAGCACCUGCCAGAAUCACCAAACUUAUAGAGGUCACCAGCGGAAAGAAGAAGAAAAAGUUGUUGCACCUUGUUUCCAAGCAAACUGCUAUAGUCGAGGUGGAAGUGGAAGGCAACGCCCUUCCUGUGACCAAGUAUUCUGACAACAAGAUCUUGGGAAGAGUCGUUAUUAGGAGAGAAGGAGUGACAAUCGGUGCUGGUACUGUGGUCGAUUUCUAA